GCAGGCGUGGUGAGGUGGAGCCGGUCAAUCCCAGAUGCGGAGGGGCCGCGGCUGGGUUGAAUCGGUGUCUCCAGGGGCCUGGGACCUAGGCUGCGACGAGGUGAGGCGAGGCGGCGUUGCUCGGUGGGCACCAUGUCGAGGCAGGCGAACCGUGGCACCGAGAGCAAGAAAAUGAGUUCUGAGCUAUUUACGCUGACGUAUGGAGCGCUUGUCACCCAGCUGUGCAAGGACUAUGAAAACGAUGAAGACGUGAAUAAGCAGCUGGACAGAAUGGGCUAUAACAUUGGAGUCCGACUAAUUGAAGAUUUUUUGGCACGUUCAAAUGUUGGAAGAUGUCAUGAUUUUCGGGAAACUGCGGAUGUCAUUGCUAAGGUGGCAUUCAAGAUGUACUUAGGCAUCACUCCAAGCAUCACGAAUUGGAGCCCAGCUGGCGAUGAAUUCUCCCUCAUCUUGGAAAAUAACCCGUUGGUGGACUUUGUGGAGCUUCCCGAUAGCCACUCAUCCCUUAUUUACUCCAACCUCCUGUGUGGGGUGCUGCGGGGAGCCUUGGAGAUGGUCCAGAUGGCUGUGGAAGCCAAGUUUGUCCAGGACACUCUGAAGGGAGAUGGUGUGACAGAGAUCAGGAUGAGGUUCCUCAGGCGGAUUGAAGACAAUCUUCCAGCUGGAGAAGAAUAAGCAGCUCUAGGACUUGGGGCAGCCAGGAGCAGCACCUGCUGGGGUGAGAAAGGUGGCUGCUCCCUCUGCCCCUGGAACUCAGUGACUUUUCAGCCGAUGUUAUAUAUUCUUCUAACCUUAUUUCCAUUCUUCAUGCUAAUAAAGAGCAGACGGGUACUUUGCUUGCCCUACGAGUGUGCACUUCAGAGGGGGAUUCUCUGCUCUAUUUCCCCUCAGAGGGGCAGGAGGUACUUGCCCUGGUUGGACUAAAAAAGUUCAAACAUUUUACAUUCCUGUGAAUUUUCCAAAGCAAAAGCCACUUUGACCCCAUUAAGAGACAACCCUGACACACCUACUCCUGAAUCUUCACGAAACUAUUGGCAAAUGGCUGUAGGAAGUCUUGGGUUAUGGACGGGAGGGAGAACGCUGGGAAGGGGCGGGUAAGAAUUGUUGGCUGUAGUGACACACUGUAGUCUUGCCAGGCCACGGAAGCCAGUCAUGCCGGAAGCACUGGCUUCUGGGAAGCCACCCAGGUCUCAUUCCUCCCUGCUGUUUGGAGGCAACAUCUCCUCUUUUUACGGAGGGUCCAUCCUUUUUUCUUACAAAUGCUUCAAUAAAGACACAUUGUUGAGUGAAA